UGUUUGCUGUAUCCUUACCUCAAGCGUUUGCUGCAUCCUUACCUCAAGUGUUUGUUGCAUCCUUACCUCAAGUGUUUGUUGCAUCCUUACCUCAAGUGUUUGUUGCAUCCUUACCUCAAGUGUUUGUUGCAUCCUUACCUCAAGUGUUUGUUGCAUCCUUACCUCAAGUGUUUGUUGCAUCCUUACCUCAAGUGUUUGUUGCAUCCUUACCUCAAGUGUUUGUUGCAUCCUUACCUCAAGUGUUUGUUGCAUCCUUACCUCAAGUGUUUGUUGCAUCCUUACCUCAAGUGUUUGUUGCAUCCUUACCUCAAGUGUUUGUUGCAUCCUUACCUCAAGUGUUUGUUGCAUCCUUACCUCAAGUGUUUGUUUUGAUAAAACCUUGA